CACGUAGAAGAGAGGGCGCUUGAAUCAACAUGUUAUAGGCGGAGACUAUAAUCGGAGGUGUUACACACGAGUAUUGCUUCGAGGUUAUAAUUCUUUACAUUUUAAUAAUUCUUUUUUAGAUUUAAUCUUUUUAUAGAAUCUUUCGCUGCCAAACGAUUAAAAAUGAGUGGACCCAAAUUAAGCGAAGAAAGUUCAUCUGUUGCUCAGAAAAUCUCAAAUAAUAUCGAGUUCUCUGUGUCUAGUUUUCCAAUACUUAUUAAUAUUUUUAAUCACGUCGUUAAAAUCUUAUUAAUAAAAGCUGUCAAAAGAGAUAUGGAAAUGGUACUAAUCAGUGGACCGAGAAGUUUUGACAAAUCUGCGAUCAUGGGUGUGCCAACAAAAUUUGUCAAAAGAGAAGUGGACAAUAAUGGACAACGUAUAGAACUACAAAAAGGAUGAAGAUGGUUAUUUGAUUGAACAAUAGUCAACAUCAAGGAAUUUUAACGUAUACAAAGGCAAACAAAUUUGUCCUGAUUACUAAUUUCAUAAUAUAACAAAUUCCUUUCUAAUGAUGAUGCAGAGCAUAUUUUAAACAUUAUUAGUGCUCCAAGUUCAGAUUUAUUAGAAAGUAAUUUUAGUAUUAUUGAAUAACAGCAAUCAUAUUAAGGAAGUUUUGUCAUCAAAUAAUAUAAUGUGAUACUGUUUCUUGCGAUAUGAAACAUAUUGUCAAUAUUAUGAAUUGAUAGGAAAUGAAGUAGAAUAUUUGGUAGGAAAAGUAGUGUUAUCUGAAGAAUGGAAUGAAGGAAAAGAGUCAUACAAUGGCUACGGUAUGAAGUUGCAUAGUUGUAAAAUUGAGAUACACAGUACAUGGUCAAUUGUAAAUUAUAUACAUGAAAAACAGAUAGAGAAUUUUUGAUCUGUUAGUAAUUUUGAUAAUUUAGUUUUAAGUAGCUUUAUUGUUAUGAUAAAAUCAGACCAAAAAUUUUAUUUCUUAUAUAUGGUGAAUCUAUUCAAAUACAAUUACAUACGUUAGUUGGGAAUUGUUAAUGUCAAAGUUUUAUUAAAAAUUGUAAUUGCAAAUGUGAUAGGAAAUGUGAGAAUUGAAAGAGAGAUAUUUCUAUGCAAUUUAUAUAAAUACUUUUUUUCAAUUGAUCAUCUUUAAAGUUACUAUUUUAGUUAUCUUUUCUUUUCUUUUUCCACAGAACAUUCGAUCUUUUUUAGAGCAAAGAUGUAACAGGUUUAUAGAUUUUUUUUUAACUUUGUCAUGUAGGUGUAGUUUCCUUGAAAGCAUUUAAUCUGUAGAGUGAACAUUCAUUAACUGAAAUAAUUUUGUAGUAAUAAUCGUAUAAAUGUGCAAUUUCUUUUUCUUUGGAUGUUUCAAUAUCUUGAUAAAUUUUUUGUAAAUAUUGAUAUACUGGUUAUUCAAUUGAUUUAAUAAAAACAAAAAUGCUUGUAUGACAACUAAUCCUCAGUAAUCAAGUUACAAGAUAUUGUAUCCAGUUUUUGAAGCUGCAGUAAUCAGGCAUUUAAUUGGUAAGAACAUUAUAUCAUAUUUAUAAAGUUUUUUAAAUGGAAAAGGGUUUAUUGAAUGUUUAUCAGUAAAUUGACUCAUAUAUUUCUAAAUGUACUUCGCUUUAUUUUUAGUAAAAAUAAUAUUUACAUCAAUAAAAAGAGAGGAAAAUAUCUAGGAAUCUGUUUAACUGAAAUCAUAGAUUUGAAGGGCCUUUUAAAAUCUGAGAAGAAGUACAAACUGGGAUUGGUUAAAUUUUUAAUGAUACAUUCAAAAAACAAAAAACAAAAAAUACGAAAUUUUUCAUAUCGGCACGAAAUGUCUCGAUCGAAGAAUCAUUGAAAUAAACGAUAUCCGUUCGAUUGAUAUAUAAGGUAAAAUUACAUUUUGUUAAUUUUGUUAUGUAUUGACGACGUCGAAAGAAGGGAGGUGUUCCUUCGGUUGGUUGCCAGGUGGCGUUGCUGUGGCACCAUGUCCGUAAUGGCGUGCAAGGGGCAAAGUAAAACGUUGCAACGACGCACACGCGAGUGCGCUCCGUUUCGUCGGGUCGUUCGUGAUUGAGAGGAAAGAAGAAAGAAAGAAAGAAGGAAAGAAAGAAAGAAAGAAAGAAAGAAAGAUAGAAAGAUAGACAGAUAAAAAGAAAGAAAGAAAGAAAGAACAGAAAGAAACGAAAGUAAGGAAGGAAAGAGAAGGAAGUAGAGAAAGUAUAGAAAGUUAGAAAGAGAGACAGACAGAGUGAAGUGUGCCCUCUCUUCUUUUGGUGAUCGUCGAGUUGUCAUAAAGUAGCCAAGGAAGGAGACGUUUAGCCGCUUCUUCUUUGGCAGGAGUGUGUUCGUGUCGUUAGUCUCGUUCGCGUUAUAUACGUUUGAUAUCGUGCCAGUCGAUCCAAAGAAAAUAACCCAAAGGAGACGCGAAUUUUAUAUCGUCGAGGAGAGUGUCGUGCCUAGUUGUUUAGUGCAAUGACGUCGGCGAGUGGAGGCAUCCUCCCGUCGUAUCAGAGACUGGCGAACGGCGGCGCGCCGGCGUCACUGUUUGCGAGACGUUCCUUCCGGCCGCGCGAAAAGUACCUGAUCCUCUUGGUCUUCUUGACGUUCGCCGUCGUCUGCUUCGGCGCGUUUUUCUUUCUCCCGGACUUUGGCGCCGGUGGUGUCGCAGUGGACAGCGUUUAUCGCGUCUACCGGCAUAUGCAAAAAGCAGGGCCAGACCUUUUGAUACCAAAACCACCUCAUCGUUCUCUCGGGGAUUCAUUCAACGAUGAAUCUUACUCGUCCCAUCAUCCUAACGCCCUCCCUAUGCCACUAGGCCACGAGGCAGCCGGUAACCUCGACGUACAUCUCAUCGAGGAUCGGUUGAAACUUCAGGCAAAAAUCGAUGAAGAGUAUCAACAACAAAAGACGUUAGAGAAACCGGAAAUGGUUGGUGGUGAUUCGCGAGUGCGUACGAGUAGUUUGUCGUCUUCCGUCGUAGUGCAACAACGGAACGAGCAUGUUUUUCAAACUGUGCCGCCGGCUUCAGCGAUAAAACUUCCUUUGAUCGUUGCUGGCGAGGACAAAGAUACAGUUGCCAGAAAACGCAGGGACAAAGUUAAAGAGCAAAGCUCGACUUCUUGAAACUAUUCGUUUUCGGUCUCGAGAAUGGAUGGAUUCAGGAUUCGAAGAGAAAAGGAUCGUUCGAUGAGCGUUCCGGCAAGGAUUGAAGGAUAAAAUAGAAAGAGAAAAAAACGGAAGGAAAAGAGAAAGAAAGAAAAAAAGAAAGAAAAAAGAAAAGGAGAAUGAAAACGAAGGAGAGAUUCACGAGUGGAGGUAAAGAAAACCGUAAAGCUAAAAGUCGAGUGUUUGCUUGGCUCGGCCUUUUGUCUCGACUCGUUUUCACGAGGUUUACUCCUGGGACAUGAGCCACUUUCGUACGAAAGAAAAAAAAUAAAUAAAAAAAUAAAAAAAUAAGAUGAAGAAGAAGAAGAGAGGGAGGAGGAGGAGGAAGAGGAAGAGAAGAAAGGAACGAAAGAGAGAAGGAAGGAAGGAAGGAAGAAAGGAAGGAAGUAAGGAGUAAAAAACAAAGAAGAAAAAGAAACAAACAGGAGAGAAGGUAGUGAGAAAGAGAGAGAAAGAAAAUGUUUGAAUACAAGCUGUGCCAAUAGAGGACCGAAGUACUCUUUAAAAAAGAAGGGGAGAGAGAAAGAAAAAGCAAAAAGGAAAAGGAUAAGAGGAGAAAAAGAAAUACUAUAAUAAAAUAAACGUGAAAGAGUGAAAGGGUAGAACGAGAAAAUUUGCUCUCGAAAAAAAUGUGCGUUAUUAAAAAAACAACAAAAGUAUGUUUGACCUCUUAACUCACAGUCAGUCCUAUCUAUAUCUUUCGAUGUCUCUCCUUGUUAUCUCGACAAAUAGAAUGGCACGUAUGAAAACCUUGAAAAACUCAUCGAGGAGACUCUCUUUCUCUCUUUUUCUCUUUCUUCGUUUCUUGAAGUUGACGAAGCCACGAAUAAACUACUUCCGUUUGCACAGCUGAUGUCCUUAGCUGAAGAGAGGGAGAAAGAAAAAGAGAAAGAGAGAGAGAGAGGGUGAGUUCUGCAAUCGCCAUAUGUCUUUUCAAUAAACUGAUUUGUUGACAAAGAUUCGACAUAUGUAAAUAAAAAUUCGAUUUCUUUCGAUCAAUCGUAAGAAAUGAUGUUCGACAAACACUUUGGAGAUCUGGACGAGCACGUAAAGUAAAAAAGAAAAAAAACAAGAAAUAGAAUAAAAGAGAACAAAUGAAAAUAAAAAUAGAAAGAAAAAAAAGGGGCAAGCACGCUGAACUCGUCGAUAAAGAAUCAGGCAGCCUCUCGAAAUUAAUUGACAUCUUGAAUUAAAGAGAGAUGGAGAGAGAGAAAGAAUUGAUUUACAAUCUUCGCGUGUCUUUUCGAUAAAUUCAUUUGUUCGAAAAAAGUUCGACGUAUGUAAAUAAAAAUUCGAUCUUUAUCGAUCGAUCAAAAGCAAAAAAUGAUAUUCGACGAAUACUUCCAAGACCUCAAUGAUCCUAUAUCCCUCACGAGGGUACCGAAAGAUGAAAUGAAUUAAAGGGAAAAAAUAAAAAUAAAAAUAAAAAUACAAAUAAAAAUAAAAAUAAAAUAGAAACAGAAUUAAAAAAAAAGAAAGAAGAAAAGAAAUAGAAAGAAAUAAAAGAAAAAAAAAAGAGAAAAAAAGCAAAAAAAUUGUUGCGAGCAUGGUGAACUCACCGAUAAGUCGAAGGAACAGGCAGACUCUCGGAAUUAACAUUCUUUCGCUCGAUAAAUUUCUUCACCCUUCGGGUAGUUUAUCGUCCGCACGGAUUUAGCUACUCGUACGAUCUUCGUGCAAUCUUCGGGUAGGAUAAGUGGAACGCUUCAAAUUGCUAUUCGUGUUUUCUCCCGGAUAAAGGUCUUAAUGACUCCUUUAUAUCGAACGUAUGCACUUACCUCCAAUGGAAUUGGGUAUACGUUGGAUCGAUAACACUUCUGUUUUCUCUUUCUCUCUUUCACUCUCUCUCUCUCUCUCUCUCUCUCUCUCUCUCUCUUUCUUUAUCUUCUUGUAAAGUUAGACCCUUACUUUAUUAAUAAAACUACAUACAUGUUUCUUUGA